GGAGGGGGGGGGGGGGGGGGAGCCCUUUUAUACGAGACAAGACCUGACCUUGCUGAUAAUCGUGGCUGGCUGGUCAAACGGAGGUCUCAACUGAAAUCAUGGGUCCCAGUGUCUGACUUGUAGAAAGGUGGACCAAACAGUGAAAUCGCUUUCACCGACAGGAACUGUAGUGUGAUACUGGGACAUCCACCCAAACUCCCUCCCUUUAGAGCCCUCACGUUGGCCCAUCAUGCCGCUCUCACAUCGUUCUUCAACGCUCUUCCGACGAUCAUACUCGACGUUUGGAGAAUCCGAUACGGAGACUACACCGGUCGUCGCUGAGGCUCCCAGUAGUCCAUCUCAAGUCGACCCCUUCGGAUCUAACCCUGUCCUCCCCUUGCAACCUCAGACCCAGACUGUAGCAAACCCUACCCGUAAGCGAAGGACAGGUGUUUCCAAGAAGCAGACAUUGCUCGAAUCGGAAUCAACGCCUAGAAUCAUCCUGGCCUCGCCAUCUACUUCGACCAUCCAUUACCUGUUCCCGUCGUCCGAAACGUCUUCUCACCUCGGCACGAGGGUCACAACGCAGACCUCAACAUCGACUGAAUCCGACGUCACGAUCGCUCGAAAGCGACUCAACAGAGUAUCCGCAACGUCUUAUCAAUACAACUACGAACCGGUCUACGAAGGCGAUAAAUCACAAGCCAAAUCGGCACCGUCUGCCAAAUCCCCAGCCGGUCCACGACACGCUCCAAAGGACUCGUUGGAUUAUACAAAGACGCUGAAAUCUCGCGGUGGGGUGGGAAAACGAUUCACUCUCGACAAGGUCAACACCGUCAAGGAUCUGGGCAAAGGCUUUCCAGCGACUGUCCUCGGACCAGCUAAACGCGUUCCGUCGAUCGGCAAUGAACCGCUGAGGCUACCAAUCGUUACCAGACGUAACGUUAGCUUGCCUGCCAAGGGCAACUCUGAGGUGACUUCGGGUCCUGGGUGUGAGACGCCCGCGGGCCGAUUCAAGACUGUGGGCAGUAUGAAGAGUCUCCGACGUCAACAGAGUCUUGCAGAUGCUCGGCAGGGGACCACGCGACUCCCUGCAUUGAUGGAGAGGGAGAAUGUUGAGGGAAAGUACGCUCUCCAUCACGAUGAAUCGAUGGGGUCUCAGAACCGUCGAAAACGUUCUCAAUCGCUCUCUUCGCAUCGCAGUCCUUAUUGUACAUCGCCCACAUCUCCUAUCAUUCCCGCUCCAGACUUUGGCGACCCCAUUCAGUUCAACAUUCCGUCCUCACCAUCAUUCUCUCAUCUCGACUACUCGACAGCGGGAUCCAUCCCGCCUGCUCAAUCGUCUUCAGCUUCAUCACGCCGAUCAAGUCUCGCUCCGACCAAACGAGCGCAAACUGCUCACUUAACAUCUGUGCCCAUGACUCGGGGCGACUCUGGAAUAAGCGUCGCUGCAUCUGAGACGAAAAAACUCAUUCACGCGGAUAUGGAAAGAAGGCUCUCGAUGGCCGAAGCGGAGCGAACUCGGACCAUGGAGAAACUCACCGCGGAGAUACCAGCUGAAUCAUCCGCUCGAGGUCGUGAUCUUCGGCGUCGAUUGUCGCUCUCCCUACGCCGGAGUCAGUCCCUCAAACGGAGUGACUCGUCUCCAAAAGCAAACAGGACCAGAUCACAAUCUCUCUCCUCAAAAUCUGUCAGACAAAUGGGAAUCUCAUCCCCAUCUCCACUUCCAGAAGCCAGCACUGUCCCUGAUAGACGAUCGACUGACAUGAUCCAAGGCAUGUUCCUUGGUGAACUCAACGUGGACCUGGGCGGACGAUUCCUGCUCGAAGCUAGUCUCUUAGUAGGGACCAGCUCUAGCGACAGUCCACAAGGCUCAAUUUAUCCCGAUACGACCACGCCUUCCUCGGGGUUCACUUCACUGCCCGUCAGCGCCGAUCCAUCUGUCUCGCCGUCCGAGUCACCUCACCCCAUCAUCCGGCGCGAUAGCACAAAGUCGGAAAAAUACCGAGGGAGACCACUUCACCCAGCAUUCGCAAGCUCCACAUCCUUGCUCGCUCCGUCGACGAUCGGUCUAGGUCUGAGUCCCGUCACUACGCCGAUCAGUCUCCCACAGAGUCUCUUGGAAGAAGCUGUGGACCUCACUGGACAAGACAAGGAGCGAUGGGGAAACGCUUCGAAACGCGUAUCUGGUUCGAUGGAUAACGUCAGUAUUCAGCUGGGUGCAAAGCCUCCUGCACCUGCCGAAUUCUUCUUACCUCAGCAUCCCCAAUCUUUGCGCAUGACCAGAUCACUAGGUCCUGGCGUACUGCGAGCGCAGUACCUCGGACAAGAAGCUCCGCCUCGACCCGCUCGUUCGCCUUCGCGUGGUCCCCCUACGCCAAAGGAAGGCGGAGUAGACGACACGACGCCUAAAUGGCAACGACAGGCUGCAGGGUUCUCCCUCUGCUCGCCUCCAGGUGCCAUUGAGCCUCUGGCACGACCAGUGACCCAAGGGUCAAGAGAUCAAUCCACGAGACGAUUGUCAAGAACCAACAAGUCCAUGUCAUUUCUCUCCGCUUCGGCAUCCUUCAGAAGCAUGUUCAAACGUCACCGCGAAGAACCAAAUGCGACAUCUCCCGUAGCCGACGAAGUGACAUUCAGGGGUCAAGUCAUCUCUCCGCCAUUGGAGCAAUCGCCAGAAGGCCAAGAUGCUCAUCGAGAUCAAAAACGACGUGAACGGAUACUCAGCGAGGCGCUAUCUCAUUCAAUAAAGACAAAGCGACUGGUCAGUCCUUCUGCCUCGGCAAUCAACGGUUCAAGCAGAAUGUCAAUACCUACUGCUCUGCUUGAUUCUGCGCCUAUCAGCAACAACGCAGGCCGGCCGCUAGGCGAGUUGGGUGGAGACACGUCGGUCAAUAGCAUAUACUCCACGUACGAAUCACCGCGACAGCCAAUCAUCGCUCGUGUAGCUACUCCUGUGGAAUCGCCGCCACCCGAGAUCUCCAAAUGGUCUCCUUCACCUAUGAAACCCAAGCGGAAAAUACUCAGAUCGAUGGUCGGCACACCAGAACUACCAUCCUUGUCUGCGCCGUUACAUCACGCUCGAUCAAUGAUCAGUCUUCACCGCGCGAAAGACAGUAUCACGAUGAAAUCGAGUCCAGCAGGCCCAGAUCAAAUUGUUACAGGGUCGUUGGAGGUCUCUUACGCCAGCCCUCGGCGUACUGUCGCUGCGAGGCAGGACAGAACGAUAUUCGCGGACGAAUCUGAUCCCAAAAAUGAGAACGAGGCGAGGUCCCUUCGCAGCCCCAAAGUGUCUACUAGCCCGGCUCUCUCCUACACUGAACGCCCGCCUCUACCACCUUUACCUUUAGACGCGGACUCUCGACCCAAAUGGUGGUCUCGUUCGGCCAUCUUACCUCGGACGCGUAGACUUUUCUCACCGGACCCAUCAUCGAUGGAGACACGAUCCACGCCUGGCUCAGGGUCGAGAAAAGCGACAAUGUACGGAGCGCCCGUAUCGUCUGCUGAUCCGCCUAUCCGGAAAGUCUUGGAAGAGUUGAUUCAAAGGGAAGAGGAGGAACGCGAGAAGGCUGCAGUGGCUGCGAUGAGUGUAGUACUACCUGAAGAACCGAGCGAGGAAGCGGAAGGUCAAGGUGAAGGAUCGGAGAGAUACACCCUUGGUGGAGCGAUGACGGAAUCCGCCGCUACGGCGAGGAGGCAAAGUCGAUCCUUAUCUAGAUCGUCGAGUAAAAUUGAAAAGGCCAAGAAAGUCAUGGAUUGGCGAGAGGCUGUUGAUGGGACGAGGGAUCUCAGGGAGAUGGAGCAACGGUGGAAGGAUCAUGUUCAGCAGGAAAGGGAUAGGUUGAAGAGGAUAGGUCAAAGAACUAGGGUUGUAUGAUAGGAUCUACCUUGCAUCAGGAUGGGUACGGUA